AUGGCACCCAAGUGUCACUCGGGAAAGCGACAGGCUUCUCCCGCAACUCCGCGAGCAAGAAAAAUUUGUUGGAGAGCCUUGUUUGACCGGGGGCCACCAAUGUCCAGGUCAGAUCUACAUGAUCUGAAAGCUAGCAAGAUAGUAAGAGCAAAAUGCUUAUUGCAAGGAAGUGCGAGCAAUAUGCUUAAUGGAAAGCAUAGAAGUUGA